AUUGCCAAAAGUGCACUGAUAUACACAGUCAUCAGUGUCGGCCUUCCUUUGAUCCUCGUGGCCAUCUGUGCUCUCUUUUCUCAGGUGAGAAAUGGUCAAGUUGCUCCGAUCUACGUCAUCAACCUUCUCAUCACCGACCUCAUUCAGCUCUGCUGCUUGAGCGUUAUGGUGACAUCACUUAAGAAUGAGAAGAUACAGCUAACUGCACAUUUUAUUUACGAUAUCUGUCUGCUGGCCAGUGUUGGCUUCAUGGUGUGUGUCGCCCUGGAAAGGUAUUUGGUCAUCGCCUGGCCACUGUGGUACCGCUUCAGACGAACCAUCAAGACCUCUGUGGUGGUCUGUGUCCUGGUCUGGAUCUUUCCUCUUGUCUUUCUCCUCACUUUCUAUUUCUGGGUUGAUUUUAAGGUCACAGUCACCAUAUUCGCUGUCUCCUUCCUCCUUCCCUUCCCACUGUUCAUAUUCUUCCUGGGUGGGACCCUCAAAGCUCUGUCUGCCAGCACUGUCCCCUCUGAUGAAGAACGAAGAAUUGUGGGAGUUUUGGUUCUAUUGCUGCUUAUUUACACACUGCUGUCAUGCCCAUUCAUCUGGUUACUGUCAGAGGAAGAGGAAUGA